GAAUGAAUUGUUGGAGAGAGCUGUGCACAACGUCCAGCAAGGACGACUUCAUAUCAACAACAUUAUUUUCUGAACCUGAUUCAGAUCUGCCACAUAAUGUCAAACUGCAGUGUGCCAACUGUAACAGUUAAAGACAAAACAGGAACGGUCCUGAUAGAAAUAAAAGGCAAUAAAUCACAGGAUCUCAAAGAAUUUUCACAAACUUUGAAGGAUGUUCAGAAGCAAGUUAAUACAUACCUCACAAACCUCAUCCACAACAGUGCACCAGGAGACACUGUAAACAGUGAAAGUGAUGGCAGUGAAGAUGCUGAAGAAGAAGAAGAAGAUGAUGAUGAUGAUGAUGAUAAUGACCAGACUGUUGGUAGUGAUGAUGCUGUAGGUCCAGCUUCUAAAAGAAAGAAAUGCUAAUUAUUAUAUAAUAAAACGUGAAACUUAUGAAAUGUGCCGAUAACAAAAGACACUUUUGUGUGAUACUUGCUGUAAAUAUAUCUAUAUUAUCUUCAGAGAUUAAUAAUUAAUAACUAAUAAAUUAUUUUUGAAAUCGUGUAUGGAACAUAUAAAGUAUGAAAUUCAAUUGUAUAAAAGGAUCAUAGCAAAACUAUUAAUUGUCCUGUAAGGUUACCACUUGUUCUUCAAGUCGAAGUAAACUUAGUUUGUGGCAAGAGGUGGUGAAGAUCACAUUAACAUGUGUGAAGACAGCUGUGUGUUUCUUGCCCAAAUAGCCAGUUGCCUCCAUGCUGUAUUUCUUGAAGCAUUUAGCAUCAGUAUACAGCAUUUUAUAUUGCUGCAAAUACAUGUGUGCCAGUAAUAUGUUAACAGUGUACUAUGCGGUACUGUAGAUGUUGCUUACUAAAUGCCAUUAUUACAUUUUGUCUUGCUCUUA